GGGUAAGCUGUUAAAAUUAUUUUUAUUAGCAUUCACCACUACAAGAGGCUAAGGUUACAUUUAUCUGUUUUAGGGUUUGAGCGCUGCCUUCACCUCCGUGGCAACUCACUCAGCCUUAAGUGAAGAAUCAAGACAUCUGCCUAGCCGUUGUUGUGAGGGCUCCUCCUCAGUGGAGCCUGCUGUCUUGUCUUGUCUGGUUUUGAAUUGUUUUAUCGUGUCUUAUCUUGUUUUAUUAAGUAGGCCUACCAUUUCCUGGUUCGCCUGGUUUUAUUUUAUUUUAUUUCUGAACUGUGGCGUGUGCCCACGCUUCUGUGAUCGGGCUGAAGCCAUUCUUUGCCCGAGUGUCGUGCCGGGGAUUUUAAAUUGCCCCCGUUGCUGGUCUUAGACUGUGGGGAGCCAGACCAGCUCGCGAUUGAGGCUGGGACCAUUACUACCAGUACGAGUGGACCCGUGGGGCACAAGCCUUCCUGUGUGUGUGUGUGUGUGUGUGUGUGUGUGGUUUCUUUUAUUAAAGUGUGUUUUAGUUCUUUUUAUCAUCUGUAGCGAGCCUGAUGCUCAGUGUCCUUUUAUUCUUUUAACAUAUUUUUCUGUGUUUUCUUUUAGUGAACGGAGGACGUACCAGUGGCCCUGGGACCUUAGGUGGUGGGUCGUUUUCACACUCUUUUGUACAGCACCGGGUGGGCUGCAGUGAUUUUCGUUUUGUGUGAUUUUCUUUUGGGUCCACGGCUGCUGGGACCAAAGAGCAAAUGGCGGACCUCAUAAAAAUUAGAGGAGAAAACGAUCACCUCUUCACCGGGGUAAAAAGUCAGCCACUGUGGGAUGGAGAACCUGUGAUGUCCAGACGGAUUUCCUCUUCUGCUCUGCUGUGAAAACUUUUGGAUUUAGGGAUUAUCAUAGUUGUCAUGGUGUUGACAUGCUUUUGGCCCCUUGCAGGCCAAAAAGAAGUGGGACAACUUAAAGAAAUGAUACAAAAGGAGACAGAUGAGGAUGGAGGUCAGCCACUGCCAACAGGGAGGAAGAGGAGAAGGGAGAGACAUGAGGGGAAGUGAUGAAGCUGAAGGCGUCUCGCUGCUGCUCAGACUGAUGUUCACUCGUCAUCCAGACACGAUGAAGACUCCGUGUGUCUCUCUGCUCCUCGGUGUGUGUGUGCUGCUGCUGUCUGCACCGACUGUUUCUGCAGUGUCUCUGUCUGUCGGUCCAAACCUUCAGCAGUUCGUCAGAGGAUCUUUAGUGGAUCUGAGUUGUGUUGAUGAUGGACAGACAGCUGAUGGAUGGACAGUGAAGAGGACCAGAGGAGGACCCACUGAGGACUGUGGAGCAGCUCCAGGCUUUGGGAGGCUUCUUGGUUCCUACUGUGUUGUGGAUCUUUCUGCUCCCAAUGAAACCUUCUGGUGUGAGGACUCCUCUGGACAGCAGAGUGACAGAGUCUCCUUCAGUGUCCAAUCAGACACUACAGAUAAAGGUGUCAUCCUGGAGAUCCCUGCACUUCCUGUGAGGACAGGAAGUGAUGUCAUUCUGCGCUGCAGACAGAGGAAUGGUGCCACAGUCGAAGCUUAUUUCUUCAUCAAAGGAAGUUCUGUUGGUCAUAAACCAGAGCACAUCAUCACUAACAUCACGCAGGCUGAUGAAGGUCUCUACUGGUGUUCUACUAAUCAGGGAGGAACGUCUCCUCAGAGCUCUCUGAGGGUCAGAGAUCCUCUCAAAAUCAUCCGUCCUCCUCCUCCUCACUGUCCUCCUCCUCCAAGCACCUCCACAAACUUUGCACCUCCUGUAGAAACUGGUCUUACGUGUCCUCCCUGUUCUUCUCCUCCUCCUCCUCCCUCCCUCCUGGUCCCAGUUGUGGCAGGUCUGGUCUCUGGGGUUCUCCUGGUUCUGGUUCUGGGUGGAGUUUCGUUCCUCUGCAGUAAACUAAAAGGAGGUCGGGGAGCAGACCUGUGGAGCUGUGGAGGUGACGGCUGUCUGAGACGGAGCGUCUGCCUCUGCUGCCUGUUUCUGCUGACUGCUGCAGGUGGGUGUGUGCUGCUGCUGUCUGCUCUGACAGUUUCUACAGGUCCUCCUCUCCCCUCUGAGUCUGUGCUGAGGCUCUUCUGCCAUCUAGUGGUCUUCUGUCCGUACUGCAUCUCCACUGGUCUGCUGCUGUCCAUCUCUUGGAGCAGGAAGACACCAAACAAACCGGCCGUCUCCAUGGAGAUGAGCCAGCGUGAUGGAGGAGGUCAGGGACUGGCUGAAGAUGGUGAUGAUGUCACUGAUGAUGACACUGAUGAUGUCACCACUGAGCAUGCCUUCUAAGCUGCAGACUGUGUGUCAGGGUACCAGCAUCUGCAGUAUUACUGUAUCUUGGUUCCUCUUUUGCUAUAUUGGAGAAAAGUUCUAAUUUUUACUGUCAGUAUGGAUUAGUUAGGUUUGGGUUUAUUGCUGUGCCUCUGUACAUUCUCCCAGCCCAUCAUGUGCGUCUCCUCCUGUUGUCUUCCAAGUUAGUCUAGUUCUUCCAUCCUGUCUCCUGUGUGUGGAGAUUAGGAAAUUGUUUUACUGUUACUAUUCAUAACCAGUAUUUUUACAGUUGCAUCAUUUAUCAUUAUCAUUUCAUCAAAGCAUUAAUAUGAAUCUCUUGAUGUUAUAUUACAGUUUGUAUUUCAGGGGGGACCAUAAUUACAUAAUAAUUGCAUAAUAAUCUUUCAUUGCAGGUUUAACUGUACUCAUGUUAUCUAUAUUCCAUUUUGUGUUUAUUAGAGAGUUGAAGCUUGGUUAGGUUAAUUAAGGGUCUGAAGCUACAGGCAGCGUGAGGUUAAGGUGACCCAAGCUAUUAAAGGAUUGCAUAUAUGUUCACAAUACAACACAUCUCAUAUCAGGUACAAACACCAUAGAGGCAGAAACCUGCUGCAGUGGAGUCUGCCUGGUAACAAAUGACUAGUAGGAGGUUUACUGAGUUCAAGACACAUGGUGGGGCCUGCACACAUACACACACAGUUUCUAGAAUUGUUUUGCUCAAGAUUGCUUGGUGAUCUGUCCAGCGUACGUAACUGUGGAAGCAAUAACAGGAAACAUUUGGCGGGGAGUGAAGGGUCUCUAAGGGUCCAAUGUACUGGAAUGUUCUUGGAUUACGGGAAUUGAUACGUGGAUUUCCAGUAAAUCCAACUGCUUUGACGCAUGAUCAUCGUCAUUAACUGUUAUAAAUAUGACUGUGUAUCUCUCGUUCGGAGGGAGAUGGCGCUGGUGGUGUAAUAAUGCUCUUCUUUCCCGCACAUAUAUGCGUAUAAUAAAAUCACUAUUCUUG